AUGCUUGCAAAGACUCUCCUUGCUCUUAGCUUCGCCGCUACUGUCUGUUCAUUCACCCUUCCAAAGGGACUACCUAAUGGAGCCUAUCGAGCCUACUAUAACGAUGCUGGUGAAGAAGUUCAUGAGCCGGUUGUAGUAAAUUCAUCUGCUCCUCAGGCCCUGCCGAAGCGUAGCUAUUCCCAAUCAAAGCGAGAUACCAUCCAAACAUGGUGCGGAUGCGCCUUCCCUAUGAAUGCUGGCGAUACAAAUAUUGCCAACCAAGGUCUAGCUGACCAAGCCGCUUCGUAUCCGGAGGUUGACCCCGGUAUGGCCUACUACACAAUUCAAAAUACCGCUGUUGCGUUUGUGUGUAACGUGGAUGACAAAACUGCAAACAUACCCCAGGAUGUUGUUAGCACUGGCUCAUGGGAUGUCACACAAGCUUGUGGCCUGUUCUAUGCGGGUACGUCCCGUAUACAGUGGCCCGAGGCCCUGGAUUACGGGUACAUGAACUACUUUGAUAACCUAGACUUCUGUGGAGCUGCGGAGGUCGCGAAGGAACAUAGUUGCUGUAACCCUGGGAGCCGGACUUACGCAAGCUGUCCCGACAACUGCUGUAAUGGUAACUGCGAAUUCCUCUAUUAUGACAACAGUACUAUUCCUAUCCCUGGGGCUGCACCCCUCUUCUACCCAGGUUGGGUAAUUUACAAGGAUGGCCAGUCUAUGGGAGGCGGUCAGGAUUGCAAUGGUUACCCCUGCACCGACGAAAAUCAGUUCGAGUUGAAGACAGAGCUACCAUCCUCAUUCUUCUUGACUGCCUACUCGGAUGGUAGUGGAUGUCCCGACAGAUGCGACGGGCAAUACGAGUCGCAAACGACUUUGACUGGAAGCAUCUAUAGGAAUGGUUUGUCGACAGAGUGUUCGUGUAGAAUUUACUUCCAGUGUUAA